AAGCCUUGAAUGAGGCUGGCAUGUGGAAGCUGACCUGACUGAGGUGCCCAGGAAUGAGGCUGGCAUGUGGAAGCUGACCUAACUGAGGUGGUGGGCCCUGCAGGUGCCAGGGCAGAAGGCCAAGACUGCCUGGUCACAGGACAGCACGCUGGGGCAUCCCCUGUGCCUCUGAUGGGGAAGGGGACGCUGAGACCCAGUGGAGCUCCACAGGCCCAGGAUGCCAGUGGAGAUGGCCGUCCUUGUCUUGUGUUCCAGGUGAGGAGCUGCAGGCAGAGGGCCUGGCCUCCAAGGACAGGAUGGGGGUGGGCAUUUAUUUGGGGAAGGAAAAACAGAUAAAGAAUAAGACUAGGAUUAACAGAGUCCAGGGGUCAGGGCUGUGGGCCUCAGCCUUCCUGGCGGCCCCUAGGCCAGUGGCCUUGGCCCGAGUUCUAAGGCAGCCCAGGAAUCCAAGGGGAGCGGGAUGUGAGGUCACACAGGCCUGGCAGGGCAGAAUGUACCCCCCAAUCCCUGCUGGCCUGGCUACAACAUUUUUCCAGGGGAUAACAUCACUCUCCCUACACCCGAGAGCCCAGGCUGACACCUGCCUCCUGUCAUGCCUCAGCCUCACCUGCCCCCGCUCCACCAGCCUUGCUUGCAGCCCCCUAUGCUGUUUGGCGCCACCCUGGCCACCACCUCUUCAGUGCAGGCAAGCAGCCGCAAGCAGUUCUCUGACCAUCCUUCCUGAGCAGAGGAAGCCAUGAGUCCAGCCCCCUGGGGGCCUUAAAGGAUUUUCUUUCUCACGACCUAUGCUGUGGCCAAGGGGCUUGGGGCUACCACUUGCUGGAUAAUGUCCUUGAUUUUCCUCCCACCAAUACCCAGAUCCCGCAGCCCCUCUUGUGUAGCCAGCUUCCUUGGGCACUGGCACUCAGCAGUAAUCAAGACCGUUCUGCCCUUGCUCUUAGGAGCCUGCAGUCUGGUGGGGACAGUGGUCUCCAGUUACCAGCUGCCCCAAACAGCACACUCACCCCAUAUUGCACAUUCUCUGCAGUCGCUUUACAUCGCCAACUGACUGCUAGGAAUAGUCCUUUGCAGCUGUCCCCAGCACUGCCCUUCCAUGGAGCCUACCUAGCCCACCAUCCUCCUGCUGGCACCUCUCACAUGCUGCCUGGGAAUGCUGGGGUUCUCCAAGGCUGCAUCUUGGGGCCUUUAUCCUCUCUCUGCACACAUUCCCGUGAUGUCAUUUGUGGCCUGGAGGUGCUAGCUCCUUCUAUGACCCUCUGAUCCAACACCAAGUAGACAUCCAACAGUUUAGUUCCCAGUGCUGGUAUCACCCCCCACAGGUUAAGCUGUUCUGUCCUACAAGACUGCCCCUCACUUCAGAUACCAGCCACAAGUCCCCAGCCAACCAUACUUCUGAACAAUAAAUUGGGGGUUCUGAUGACCCCCUCUUAGGUUUGGUAAUUUGCUAGAAUGGCUCAUGCUGCUUAGGAAAAUACUGGCUAUAAUUUGGGGGUUCUGAUGACCCCCUCUUAGGUUUGGUAAUUUGCUGGAAUGGCUCACGCUGCUUAGGAAAAUACUUCCACAGCCAAAGGGAGAAGGUGCAGAGGGCAGAGUGUGGUGACUGGCACAGGGCUUCCAUACCCCCUCCAGGUGUGCCACCCUCCCAGCACCUCGAAUAAAUCACUGGCCUUGGUGUUGAAACUCAAUCUCUACCCAGGUACUAGGACAAAACCCAAAUACUUAUACCAUAUUCCCUGUCCCCAGCCCUUAGGGUCUGCCCUAGUUCAUUCUACCACUUCCCCUCCGCAGCUGCCUUUUUAUCUGCUCCUGAACCCACUCCCCCAGAUAAGAGAUGUCUUUAGACCCCUUCCAGCAGCCACAUCCUCCAGACAGCCCUCCCUGAGUUUCCUCUAGCUGGGUGUGCUCCAGUCUACUACCAACUCCCUCACACUGGGGCCCCAAGACAGCAAAGCCUGGGGCCAGUCUUGGAGCACCGCCCUCCCUCUCAAAACACACACAGCAAGGCUGGGCCCUGCCCAUGUUUCCUGCAAAAAGUUCCCAAUGAUCCACCUUUUGGGCCCACGCCAGUGGUGGAAAUUUUCCAGCCAAAGGAGGCUGCUUGUUUUGGAAAGUUCCUGGGCGAACCACCCCCGCCCUCUGAGUUCCCACGCUCCCUUAUCACUGGGUGAUAGCAGGGAGCAGUGCUGUGCAGGCCUAGCUUCUCCCUAGAUGGCUGCCUGGGCCUUGCCCAUCUCCUCUCCCCUCACCACUUAACAUCCCCCCUCACCUGGCUCUGCAAGCCCUCCUGCUACAGAGAACGGAGUCCUCCCAGGACCCCGCCAUGUGAGCCCUGUCAGGAGGUCAGAAUGCCUGGUGGGUGCUAGAAGUGAGAGGGAGAAGCAGUUUGGGCUGGAGGAGCAUCUGACUUUAGGGUGCAAGUCCUAGCUCAGUCCUCUGACUGGUUUCCCCUGCAGUAUUUAAGCACAGGAGACCUACCAUUGUAGGCCCAGCCACCCUGCUAAGUUCCACCUCCUGUCCUGUGUCUGGAGCCUGACACUCACUUUCAGCCUUACUGUCCUCUUUUGUGAAAAGGGAAUAAGAGGCCACGCGCUUUAACGGGCUGUGGUGCGAAGUGAAUCCACGCGCUCCGUGUACCGUCCGGGGUCUAGGCCACGUGUAUGCCGGGGCGCGCUUGGUGGGGCAGGCACGCGAUAGCCCGUGGGUCCUGCGCUGAACGGCCUCGAACGCCUCGAACCCGAGUCCAAGGCCGGUGCGCCGCUCCUCCGGAUCCCCUCCCCCAAGCGCAAGCGUAGCAGGAGGCGGAGCAAGGGCGGGGCCGUGGCUCUUUUCUCUGGAGUUCCGGCCCCCGGAGCGAUAGCAGCUCGCCUGUUCGAACCGACUCCGCGCCGCUCGCCGCGAUGGAGGCUGCAACCAAGUUUGUGGUCGAGAGCCCAGAUGUGGUCUACAGCCCCGAGGCCAUCGAGGCACAAUACGAGUACCGGACGACAAGCGUGAGCCGCGAGGGGGGUGUCCUGAAGGUGCAGCCCACAUCCACGCGUUUCACCUUCCGGACCGCCCGGCAGGUGCCCCGGCUUGGGGUCAUGCUCGUCGGCUGGGGCGGCAACAACGGCUCCACGCUUACUGCUGCGGUGCUGGCCAACCGGCUGCGCCUGUCCUGGCCCACGCGCACCGGUCGCAAGGAGGCCAACUACUACGGCUCACUGACCCAAGUGGGCACCGUUAGCCUGGGCCUGGACACUAAGGGCCAGGAGGUGUUCGUGCCCUUCCACGCGCUGCUGCCCAUGGUGUCCCCCGACGACCUCGUGUUCGACGGCUGGGACAUAUCGUCACUGAACCUGGCUGAGGCGAUGCGGCGCGCGCAGGUGCUGGAUUGGGGGCUGCAGGAGCAGCUGUGGCCGCACAUGGAGGCCCUGCGCCCGCGGCCCUCGGUCUACAUCCCAGAGUUCAUCGCAGCUAACCAGAGCACGCGUGCUGACAACCUCAUUCCUGGCACGCGCGCGCAGCAGCUGGAGCAGAUCCGCAAGGACAUCUGUGACUUCCGGUCCCGCGAGGGGCUGGACAAAAUCAUUGUGCUAUGGACGGCGAACACAGAACGCUUCUGCGAAUUGGUUCCAGGCCUCAAUGACACCGCUGAGAACCUGCUGCGUACUAUCCAGCUGGGCCUGGAGGUGUCGCCCUCCACGCUCUUCGCUGUGGCCAGCAUCUUGGAGGGCUGCGCCUUCCUCAAUGGGUCGCCGCAGAACACCCUGGUGCCGGGAGUGCUCGAGCUUGCUUGGCAGCGCCGAGUCUUUGUGGGCGGAGACGAUUUCAAGUCAGGUCAGACCAAGGUCAAGUCAGUGCUUGUAGACUUCCUUAUCGGCUCUGGCCUAAAGACCAUGUCCAUUGUGAGCUACAACCACCUGGGCAACAAUGACGGGCGGAACUUGUCAGCGCCGCCACAGUUCCGCUCCAAGGAAGUGUCCAAGAGCAGCGUGGUGGACGACAUGGUGCAGAGCAACCCGGUGCUUUAUGCACCCGGCGAGGAGCCCAACCACUGUGUGGUCAUCAAGUAUGUGCCAUAUGUGGGCGACAGCAAGCGUGCGCUUGAUGAGUACACGUCGGAGCUGAUGCUGGGUGGCACUAACACACUGGUGUUGCACAACACCUGCGAGGACUCACUCCUGGCCGCGCCCAUCAUGCUGGACCUGGCGCUGCUGACGGAGCUGUGCCAGCGCAUAAGCUUCUGCACUGAUGCCGACCCAGAGCCACAGGGCUUCCAUCCCGUGCUGUCACUGCUCGGCUUCCUCUUCAAGGCGCCACUUGUGCCACCAGGCAGUCCAGUAGUCAAUGCUCUCUUCCGCCAGCGCAGCUGCAUUGAGAAUAUCCUCAGGGCCUGUUUGGGGCUUCCGCCACAGAACCACAUGUUUCUGGAGCACAAGAUGGAGCGCCCAGGGCUCAAGUGGGUCGGGCACGUGGCUGCUGCUUGCCCUGUGUCUUGCAAGAAACCAGCGCCAGCAGCCCCAAACGGCUAUACCAGUGACACCAAUGGGCACUCGCAGGCUGAGGCACCCCUGACACCCACCACCUGAGGUGGUGGCCACACUGGCUCCCUACAACUCCUGCCCCCAUUAUCCCUCAGGACCCACCCACUCUUUCAGACCCCUACCCUCAAACAAUAAAGCCAUCACCACUGUUA